GUCCAACACUUUGUCUACCGAUUCCUCCUGCACGACAAGACCACUUCUCCAGAUCAUGCUUGGCAUUGAGCUUAACAGGUCUCAGGAGGUGCGGCAUCUACCCCGCAUCUACCCCACAACUUCAGCCCGCCAGCAAGGGUUGGGGAAUGGAAAUGGUUAUCCCACUUCGAAGUGGGAUAACCAUUUCCUGUAGAGCCUAAUACUCGAGUAUAUAAAGAGCGACAUCCCACUAUGAUGAUUCUAGCCUCGUUAUCAGAAUUUAGAUCGCUUCUUUUGUUACAGGUUACUGGGUGAAGCUUGGUGGACUUUUUGCAGAUAUGUCGGCCUUAAAUGCUGUGGAAGAUAAAGCCGGGGAGGAAAUUUUCAAAAAUGACGAUGGCGAGAAGAAGGAUGGGUAUAGGGUUGCGGAGGAGGAUGUCUCUCUUGAGCAGAGACAGAUGGAGGCGAGAAUCAUGCGCAAGGUUGACUGGCGUCUAAUCCCCAUCCUCGGCAUCCUCUACUCAGUAUCAGGUCUCGACCGCGUCAAUAUCUCCAACGCCCGCGUGGCCGGCAUGGACAAAGACCUCCAUUUUAAUAUCGGCAACCGCUACAGCAUCGCGCUCCUGGUCUUCUUCAUCACCUACCUGCUCUUCGAGAUGCCGUCCACGCUCAUCAUGCGCUACAUCGGCCCGCGGGUGCAGCUGUCUGCUCUCGCUAUGAGCUUCGGCGCCGUCAUGCUUGGGAUGGGGUUUGCGAAUGAUUGGCGUGUUAUUGUGGUUUGUCGGAUGCUGAUUGGAAUGUUUGAGGCAGGGUUUUUGCCUUGUUGCAUGUACCUCCUCUCGUGCUGGUAUAUGCGCUAUGAGGUGCAAAAACGCAUGGCGAUGUGGUAUGUCGUCAACUUGUUCGUGUCGGCCUUUGGCAAUAUCCUUGCCUAUGGAAUUGUGAAACUAGAUGGCGCGCACGGAAUUGCGGGCUGGAGAUGGAUCUUCAUCAUUGAGGGAGCUCUAACAAUCGGCGUUGCGAUCAUCGGAUACUUCAUCGUCCUCAACUUCCCCGACAGCAUCCUCGCCUCAGGCAAGAAUGGAUACUUCACCCAAGCCGAGCUGGAGGUUGUCAUGGAUCGCGUAGAGCGUGACCGAGGCGACAGUUUACCCGAUAAGUUGACGAAGGAGAAGUUCUUCAGGCAUAUCUCCUCGUGGCAGCUUUGGGUCUAUGGCUUCAUGUUUCUUUGCUGCUCGGCUCCGAUUUAUGCUUUUGCGUAUUUUAUUCAGACGAUUUUGAAGACGAUGGGGUAUUCGACUGCAGUCGUGUUACUGUUGUGCGCGCCGCCCUAUCUGUUCAGUGCGAUUUGGACUGUUGCUGUUGCGUGGGCAGCGGACAAGACGAAGCUUCGGAUGCCGUACAUGGUCCUGAACGCGGUCAUCACGCUCGUGGGGCUGCUGUUGACAGCAUAUUGCAAGAACAACGGCGUUCGCUACUUUGGCAUCUUCCUUGGAGUAUCAGGCUGCAACGGAAAUCUCCCCACAAUCAUCGCGUUUCAGAGCAAUAACGUUCGAUCUGACAGCCGCCGCUCAGUUGGUUCCGGUAUUCAAUUCGCAUUCGCCGCCAUCGGGGGGAUCUACGCUUCAUGCACGUUCAUACAGAAGGAAGCUCCUUCAUACCCUACCGGAAUAUGGUGCGCCGUAGCCACCCAGUUUCUCCUCGCGAUUUUGGUUGGAGUGAUGACUCUGCACUUCAAACGUGUGAACAAGAAGGCUGAUGAAGAGGGAUUUGUCCUCCAGGAGGAUGUCCAUUUUAGACACACAUAUUGAGCCGGUCCUCAAGCUUAGUGCGAUGUGUCUCUAUUAUACCAUCCUAUAAUAACUCUCAAAAUGUUUCCACUUCAAGGCUGCCAAUAGGCGUAGAAUGGAGAAUUGUAGCCAAUAUUGAAAGGAGUAGGUGGAUACAGCCAGUCGGUUAGGUGAUGGAUUUGCGGUCUCGGUUGAAAUAUCCAAGGUUGGUACGGUUGGUGCGCGGCUUCCCACCGUCUCAGUAAGACAGCACUAUGCACAGUGUUAAGUCUCGCGUACUUUUGGAAUACCUCCCCCACGUCCAUGUGCUUGACUUUAGUGGCACUAGAGAG